AUGGGUGAUAAAUCUACUCCUCUUUUAGCUGUACUUCAACUGCUUCGAAAGUACAAUCUUAAGGGAACGGAAGAAAUUCUGAGAAAAGAAGCUAGUUUGGGAGAUAUCGAAUAUGAAACUUUAGAUUUACCAGAAGUUGAAAUAGCAAGCAUUCUCACAGCGCAUCAUACGGAAAGCGAUCCAUAUAGUUACGAGUUUGCUUACGAAAGCCUAAAAAAAUUUAUUGAAAACUCACUAGACAUUUACAAGUAUGAAUUAUCAACCCUCUUGUACCCAGUGUUUGUGCAUAUGUAUCUUCUUCUUAUUUUAUAUGAUCACAACGAGCAUGCAAUAAAAUUCUUAGAAAAGUUUGGACCUGAACAAGAGGACUAUUACCAAGAAGACUUAGCAAAGUUGUCUAUAGUGAAGAAUAAAGAACAAAUUAAGGGCAACGAGUUGGCUGAAAUUUACAGCACAAACAAAUUUGAGGUACAAUUGUCAAGAGAUGCAUCAUCUCAAUUAAAAAGGUUCUUACAAGAACAGAAAAGUUCAACUGUAAUUAUAAAUAUUAUAAACAACCAUAUUCAAAUUGAUGUGCAUGAUGGUCCUGGUAGGACACAAGCCCAAGUGCGUGCUACUGCUGGUGGCCUCCUCGGAGAAGCUGCAAGAAAUGAGAAUCGCACUAAGGUUUUUUAUGGCUUAUUAAAGGAGCCCGACAUACAAGUUCUUCCGGUACCUGUGGAAGAUGAAGAGGAAACUGAAGAAGCCCCAGACAAGCCCAAGAAGAAAAAAGCCAAAAAAGAUAACAUUUUUAUGAAAAAACCCAAAUCUGACCCGAAUGCUCCACCAAAUGAUAGGAUUCCCCUGCCAGAAUUAAAAGAAACUGAUAAAAUUGAGAAAGUCAAGGCUUUGAGAGCUAAACGGGUUCAACUAGGCCCUGAUUGCCUACCAUCUAUUUGUUUCUACACUCUUUUAAAUAGUGGUCAUACAGCUAUUUGUGCUGAUAUUUGUGAUGACUCCACUUUACUAUCUGUUGGCUUCAAUAACUCAACAAUAAAGGUCUGGACACUUACACCUGUCAGAUUACGUGGAAUGAAGUCUGCAGAAAAACUACAAGAUAUUGAUAGAGAAGCAGGGGAUGUUUUGGUCAGAAUGAUGGAAGAGAAAGACAGAGACACAUGCCGCACUUUAUAUGGUCAUUCUGGACCUGUUUAUAAAGUUGGAUUUGACCAGUUUAAAACAAUGCUUUUGUCCUGCUCAGAGGAUUCUACAAGUAUGCAAUAU